AUGGAUGUGAGGAUUGAUGUUUCUUGUGACAAAAAGUCAUCAGAUGCUCAUGCCAUUAACAAUGGUUUGAAAAUUAACAUGAACAAUCUUGGAUUGAGGUUAGAUGCAUUCAUGAAGCAGCAGGAGGAGACUCAUGCACGAACCUACCAUACAUCCAAGUACAUUUCCAGUAGCCUUGUUCAUUUUUUCAAGACUUUGAAGAUUUAUAUAUCCAAAUUGACACUCAUUGAAGAGGAUUGUCAAACUAUGGCCAAACAGAAGCUGCACGCCUUCACGACAAAGUUUGAGGAAAUUUCUGUUGCUGAAGAGAAGCUUUUAUUGGAAGAAAUGGCCAAACUUUUGGCAAAUUCGAGUUCUAGAAAGAAGAAAAUGAUACAAGAAGCAGUAGGCACGUGCUAG